AUGUUUGGACGUCUAGGUGAUGCGGACGAGAAGUCCGAGAAGUCGAAGGAGCCGCCAAAGACUGCUCUGCAGUCCGCGGAAAAAACCAUGAAGCCGAAGGAGCCGCCAAAGACUGCUCUGCAGUCCGCGGAAACAACUAAGAAGUCCGAGGAGUCUGCUUUUAAGCAGCCGGCCCCGUCAACAUCACGGGAGGCAGUUGUACGUCUUACACGGCUACCAGUGUCAACGACACUGAGGGACACAGAAGGAUUUGAGAGAUCUACCAGGAGUCGCAGUUCAUCUUGCUCAUCUCAGAUGACUGUAGAUUCUUGUAUAUCGGACUUGACCGGGCGUAAACGUCCUCGCUCUUCGGAACGAAUAUUAUCGGAUGAGUCAGACGACUCUGGUGAGAUCACCACAACUCCGGCAAAGGUGCUAGCUGGAGAAAAACGUGGUAGAGGCCGCCCCCCAACCACUGGCCAGUAUAUUGGAGUGGGCAGAAUAAGAGCUGAGGCAAAAGCGGCCAGGGAGCUUCAAGAGAUGCUCGACACAGAUGAGGAGUCUGCGAAAACGGCUCCAAAAGUGAGACCACCGCAAAGGCCGAGAGACAGUCUCGACGACCCACCGGAAGAGGAUGUAGAUAAGAUGGCGACAUGCGAAGUGCUCCAGCGGGGCAUGGACGGUGUCGCGGCUGUUCUAGAAGUCGCUGCGAAGUCGGGCAACCUGAAAGGGACCUCUAUUAAAGCCCUUAAGGACGCAGCGUCUCUAAUUACAAAAAUGCUGGGAGGACUAUAUGAGCGCAACACAAGUGAGGAUGCGAAGUUGUUAGAGAGCCGCUUCCAAACAACUGCGACGGAGCUCAAACGCGCCAACGUUGAAAUUUCCCGGAUCUCCGCAGAAAACACCAAACUGCGUGAGGACUUAGGGGGUCUGCGACGAGAGCUUGAGCUUGUCCGUGAGGAGCUCAAACGGACUAAGAAUGUUUCCUCGGGGACUGCCGGUCGGGAGCGUUGUCCGACCACCGUGGGUGACAUGUCCGUGGAAGAGCUCCGGCGGCUUAUCAUAGACCAGACAGGCACGAUGAUGAGCGCCCGCAUUGAAGGGCUUGCCCGUCGGUUGCCGCCGGAGGAACGAUUGAGACCGCCACUUGAGGCCGAUAAAAGGAGAGUACAAGCAGGGAGCUCAAAUGAACCCAUUGCUGGACCGUCGACUGAUGCCCCUAUCUCAUCAAAGGGGCGUAAGUCGAAAAAGAAGGAGGCGAGAAGAGCGAGGACCAACGCUCAACAAACAACGCAACCUGCUCCUCCCACCCCCCCCUCUGCUGAGGAGGGCUGGGCGACAGUUACUAAGCGGGGAACAAAAACAAAAACUGCGCCGAAGGGUCACCCUCAAACAUCUAAGGGGCCCGCGAUUAAGGAAACGGUACAAAAACCUAAAAAGAAGGUCAGACUCCGCCCGCCUAAAUCAGGUGCUGUAGUACUUAAACUGCGACCUGAGGCAAUAGAACAAGGCGUGAGCUACUUGGAAGUGCUAACGGGAUGUAAGGGAAAAAUUGACCCAAACAUAACUCGGGGCGGCUUCAAAUACCGAGCGGCGGCCACUGGUGCCCGCCUCAUCGAGGUGGCUGGUGAAGACAUUGAAGAACGGACGGAGAAGCUGCUUGAGCGCAUGAGAGAGUUAGUCGAUCCGGAGAUUGCUGAGGUAUCGCGGCCGAUGAAAACGGCCGCAUUUCGCAUAUCUGGCUUAGAUGAUGCGGUGGAGGCGGCAGACAUACGAGAUGCCGUCUCCAAACAAGGGGGAUGCCAGCCUGACACGGUGGUAGUCAGCGAGAUUCGUCAGAGUAGACGCGGCAUGGGCACUGCAGUAGUAAGGUGUCCAGUGACUGCCGCCAAAAAGCUGACGGAGGACGGCAGAAAGCGUCUCUUGGUGGGAUUUGUCUCGGCGGCUAUCAACAUCUUGCCGCCGAAACCACUGCGGUGUUUUAAAUGCCAUGAGGUGGGCCAUGUGGUAGCAAAGUGCGACCGAGUCGACCGGAGUGCCUUGUGCCUCCGAUGCGGAGGCCCCAACCAUAAGGCCAGAGAAUGCACCGCCGCUCCACACUGCAUGGUGUGUGCGGCGGCUGGAGCACCGUCAAACCACGUGCUGGGGGGCAAGUCAUGCAAGCCCCCCCAAAGGCCAAAACGUAAGGUGACCUCCGGGCCAGCCGAGACCUCGACUCAGAUGUCACAGGCUGAAGCCAUGGAGACUGCCGUCACUGGACGACAGCACGAUGACUGUGGGGAGAGCGAGAGAGGGCAGAUGGCCUAG